ACAGGGUGACCCAGCGUGCAAUUCACUGGACCAAGAGCUUUGGCUGCCACCUCCUCUGGGAAGCCUGGCCAUGAGGCUCCUCUUGAUCAUUGCAAUUCUGCUGUUCCAGAAGUUCACAGUAACUGAACAACUUAAGAAAUGCUGGGGUGAAUAUGUAAGAGGAUACUGCAGGAAAAUAUGCAGAACAACAGAAAUACGGGAAGUACUAUGUGAAAAUGGGAGAUAUUGUUGUCUCAACAUCGUGGAAGUGGAAGCACGUAGAAAAAUUACAAAACCGCCUCGUCCAAAGCCAUUGACGUAUGCACUUACUUUUCCUCAAGAUAAUUAUGAAAAUGAACGCAAUUAUACAAGGCACAAGGAAAAGUCUAUGUAAAUCAAGUUCAAUUUUCUGUUAGUUUAUUUCUCAACUUAUUCCAACAAACUAAGGUGACAAGAUCCACAUAUUCUCCCUUCUGGUUCUUAGAUCCCCAGA